AUGGUACGUAAAGGAGCGCAGAAGAUCAGCAGACAUAAAAAGAAGUACUGGCGAAAGGGCAUCGACGUGCAUGAUGUGGAGGAGUACCUUGAAGAUGUUCGCAAAGAAGAACAGCAGUUCGGCGGCCGGCUAGCCGAGAAAAAGGAUGUCGAAUUGUUUUCCCUUAGCAAAAGGCCGGAUCGCGGUCUUAUGUUGCUAAAAUGCUUCAAAUCGCGGAAGGACCAGGCCAAGGAUGUUUCGUUAAAGCGGUUCCAGGAGCCGAAGCCUAAGCAGAAAGCUGCUGUACGUAUGACGACCUCAUCCUCUUCGCGUCAGGUGGCCAAGCUAGCGCCGACCCCAGAAGAAGAACCUCAGCCACUUCCGGGCUACUCCGUCAAAUUUUACGACAUUUGGAGCAGUAAGGAUCCUACUCCAGCGGACAAAAUUCAAGACCCGGAGUUAAAAGAAUACUAUCUUCGAGAGACUCGGAAGAAGAAGAAACCAUUGCCGAAAACUGUCGGUGUCAACGAAAGUUUGCGACCAAACUUGGAAUUUCCUAAAGCAGGGAUUUCGUACAAUCCUUCACCUGAAGAUCACAAAAAAUUACUGGAAGAAGCAGCCCAGAGAGAAUUGGAGAAGUUGAAGCGGCAAGAAAAACUGGAACGAUCACUUUUCGUCAACAAGGACAGCAUCAUCACCCCGGAAGAGAAACUAAAGGAACUGUGCGAAGGUCUUUUUCCAGCGGAGGAGGAGGAUACCGGAGCAAACGAUGAAGAGACGAACACCCUGCUGACCAACAUUCGUCCGAAACCUAAAACGAGUCAGAAACGGAAGCGGAUGAUAAAGCAGAAGCAAAUCGAAAGAGCUAGACGGGAAGAAAAGAGGAAGAAGGCUCUUCUUAACGACGUUUAUAGACUGCGUUCAAUCAAGGCUGAAAUCAAGAAAGAACAAGAACUGAGUUUAAAAAAGAGCAUGCUCAAAGUGAAGAAAAAGUACGAACGACUGAAGCACCCGCAUCGCUUGGGUAGGCUUAAGUUCGAACCGUCGGAUGAGCCGGUUUUGUUGCCAGACGAAGUGCCUCAUAGUCUGCGGCAAUUACGAGUAACCGGUGAUAUAAUGGAAGAGCGAUUCAAAAGCUGGCAAGUUCGAAACAUACUUGAAGCUCAAGUUCGACACAAGAGGACAAGGAAAUUCAAGCUCAUUCGCUAUGAAAGGAAAGAUUUCAAGGAAGUGACAGCAGACUACAUUCCGAGAUAA